AUGGCAGCCCCAAAGCUGGUGCUGGAGCUGCUGGCUGCAGCACUGCUGCUGCGUGCAGCCACCACGCUGAGGAUCAGUGCCUUCAACAUCAGGACAUUUGGAGACAGCAAGAUGUCCAACCAGACGAUUGCAGACUUCAUUGUCUCUAUCCUGGUGGAGUACGACAUCACCUUGGUGCAGGAAGUGAGGGAUGCUGACCUGAGCUCGGUGAAGAAGCUGAUAUCCCAGCUUAACAGCGCAUCAUUGUACCCCUACAGCUUUUUGAGCAGCAUCCCCCUGGGUCGGAACAGCUACAAGGAACAGUAUGUCUUUAUCUAUAGGUCGGACAUUGUCUCUGUGCUGGAAAGCUACUACUAUGAUGAUGGCUGCGAGUCCUGUGGGACGGACAUCUUCAGCAGGGAGCCCUUCAUCGUGAAGUUCUCCUCUCCCACCACGCAGUUGGAUGAAUUUGUCAUCGUGCCCCUGCACGCAGAGCCCAGCAAUGCUCCAGCUGAGAUCAGCGCACUUGCUGACGUCUACACAGAUGUCAUUGACAAGUGGGCGACCAACGACAUCUUCUUCAUGGGUGACUUCAACGCUGACUGCUCCUACGUGACCGCGGAGCAGUGGCCUUCCAUCCGCCUGCGCUCCCUGAGCUCCUGCGAGUGGCUCAUCCCCGACAGCGCCGACACCACCAUCACCAGCACCGACUGCGCCUACGACCGCAUCGUUGCUUGUGGCUCUGCGCUGCGCCAAGCGGUUGAGUAUGGCUCUGCUAAAGUCAACAACUUCCAGGAGACUUUGCGUAUCCAGAACAAGGAUGCUUUGGCCAUCAGUGACCAUUUCCCAGUGGAGGUGACGCUGAAGGAAGGAGCCCAAACCUGUGCCAAAACACCCACGGGGGUGUCCGACUCAUCCUGCUUUUCCAGCGUCUCAGCUGGGAAUAAAACAGCCUGCCUGCUGCCGGCAGGGCAGAGGCGCUGCGUGCUCACAAGAAUGGGGACCGUGGUGCUGGCACUGUCCCUGCUGAGCACGGCUCUCCUGUGCCCAGCCACUGCCAUGCUGCGCAUCGGUGCCUUCAACAUCCAGGCAUUUGGGGACAGCAAGAUGUCUGAUGAGAGCGUGGCAGGUGUCAUCAUCAGUAUCCUGCGCCGCUAUGAUGUCGUGCUGGUGCAGGAGGUGCGUGACUCCGAUCUCAGCGCUGUCACCGAGCUCCUGGAGCAGCUCAACAGUGUGUCUUCAUCCCCAUAUGACUACGAGAUCAGCGGGCCCCUGGGACGGGACAACUACAAGGAGAUGUACCUCUUCAUCUACAGAACAGACGUCGUGUCGGUGGUGGACACCUAUCAGUAUGAGGAUCCACAGGACAUCUUCAGCCGGGAGCCGUUCGUCCUCAGGGUGUCAGCACCCCACAGCAGUGAGCAGCAUGGGGCGGGGGACGGCUCCAAGGUCUGAAUGAGGAUGGGUGACCAGGUUCGUGUUCUUCUCCACACAGAAGCGGAGGAGUUUGUGAUGGUGCCAUUGCACUCAGCCCCGCACGAUGCUGUUGCUGAGAUCGAUGCGCUCUACGAUGUCUACCUGGCUGUGGUCAACAAGUGGGGGACAGAUAACAUCGUGUUCCUGGGGGACUUCAAUGCUGACUGCAGCUACGUGAAGCAGAGCGACUGGUCCUCCAUCCGCCUGCGCAGCAGCGACGUCUUCAAGUGGCUGAUCCCAGACAGCGCCGACACCACCGUGGGGAAGUCAGACUGUGCCUAUGACAGGAUUGUGGUGUGUGGAGCCAAGCUGAAGCGGAGCAUCGUGCCAAACUCAGCCACUGUGUACAAUUUCCAGCGUGCUUUCCAGCUGGAGCAGGAAGAGGCCCUGGCAGUCAGCGACCAUUACCCCGUCGAGGUGAAGCUGAUGGCUUGA